GCGUCCACCUAUGACAGUCGCUUCAAGCCAAGCUCCGCGCAUGCGCAGUUCACAGCUAAGGAAGAAAGGGGGAAAAUGUCUCUGACGAGUUUCUUGCCGGCGCCGACCCAGCUGUCCCAGGACCAGCUGGAGGCAGAGGAGAAGCUCCGCGCCCAGAAGUCCUACUCCACCGCCCUGGUUUCGUCUCGCAAGGAGCCGCCGCUGUAUGAGACCAGAAAGGGCUGGGUGCCCCGCUCCCUUGAGGAUUUCGGAGAUGGGGGAGCUUUCCCGGAGAUCCACGUUGCCCAGUUUCCUCUGGAGAUGGGAAGGAAGAAGAAGACCUCCAAUGCCCUGGCUGUACAGGUGGACGCAGAGGGAAAGAUCAAAUAUGACGCCAUUGCCAGACAAGGACAGGGCAAGGAUAAGGUGAUAUUCAGUAAGUACACCGACCUUCUACCCAAGGAAGUCCUUAAUGACGACACUCCAGAGCUACAGAAGCCCGACGAGGAGGCCAUUAAAGAGCUGACGGAGAAGACCCGCAGUGCGCUGGACAAGCAGGUGUCUCAAAAGAUUGCUGCUGCCAUGCCUGUAAGAGCUGCAGACAAACAAGCUCCUGCGCAGUACAUCAGAUACACGCCGUCCCAGCAGGGAGUGGCUUUUAACUCUGGGGCCAAACAGAGGGUGAUCCGCAUGGUGGAAAUGCAAAAAGAUCCAAUGGAACCUCCACGUUUCAAGAUUAACAAGAAGAUUCCUCGAGGACCUCCUUCUCCCCCCGCCCCUGUCAUGCAUUCCCCCAGCAGAAAGAUGACAGUUAAGGAGCAGCAGGAAUGGAAGAUUCCUCCUUGCAUCUCCAACUGGAAAAACGCCAAGGGCUACACCAUUCCGCUUGAUAAACGUCUGGCUGCUGAUGGCAGGGGGUUGCAAACUGUUCACAUCAACGAAAACUUUGCUAAGCUGGCCGAGGCGCUCUACAUCGCAGAUAGAAAGGCCAGAGAGGCAGUGGAGAUGAGAGCCCAGGUGGAGAAGAAGAUGGCACAGAAGGAGAAGGAGAAGAAGGAGGAGAAGCUGAGGGAACUGGCCCAAAUGGCCAGAGACCGCAGGGCAGGAAUCAAGAGUCAUGGGGACAAAGGUGGCGAGGACAGCGAGGUCAGGGAGCGUGAUGAGAUCCGCCACGACAGAAGGAAAGAGCGGCAGCACGACAGGAACAUUUCCAGGGCGGCUCCUGAUAAGAGGUCAAAGCUGCAGAGGGACCAGGACAGGGACAUCAGCGAGCUCAUCGCUCUGGGCGUUCCCAAUCCUCGCUCUGCCGGUGAGGCCCAGUACGACCAGCGGCUCUUCAAUCAGAGCAAGGGUAUGGAUAGCGGUUUUGCAGGCGGCGAGGAUGAGACCUACAACGUGUACGACCAGCCGUUCCGCGGCAGCAGAGACAUGGCCUCUAACAUCUACCGGCCCAGCAAGAACGUGGACAAGGACGCCUACACAGAUAACUUGGAAUCCCUCAUGGAGAAGAACAGGUUUGUUCCGGACAAAGAGUUCUCUGGUACCGACCACGGGCGCGGGCGAGAAGGGCCGGUCCAGUUUGAGGAGGAUCCCUUCGGGCUGGACAAGUUCUUGGAGGAGGCCAAGCAGCACGGCGGCUCCAAAAGGCCGUCCACCAGCAGCCGCUCCAAGGACGACUACCACGACAAGAAGCGCAGGAAGGAGUGAGCUGGGAGGCCUUUUCACCUCCGUCAAGCAGGAUGUGUUACAUUUUACUUUUCUUUCAGUGGAGAAAAGACAGGCGAUUUAUGUUCAAUGUGACAUAAUUAAACACCUUACGAAUAGAGUACGCUGGAGCUAAACUGAAACCAGUUGUAUGUGUAAGAUCAGCCUCUGCAUCUGGAAACCUUACACUGAUAUUUGGGCCCUGGAAAUGUGCAGGUUUUAGGUAAAACCUUUUUUUCUUUCCUCAACAUUUUUGUUUUAACAUUUAUAGAAAGUAAACUCAGCAGGACCUGUUUUUUUAUUUUUCUUUACCUCAUUUAUCCCCCACCUUUCCUGUCUGUGAGCCCAGUUAAAGCUCGUAUUAGAGCUACAGUACAAACGUAUCUGAAACAAACCAGAUUUAUAAUUAUUGUAUAUUACUACCAAUGGAAUAAAUUUCAUACAGUCUGCAA